AUGCUGCGUAUCAGGGACUUAUUAUGACUCAAUGCAAUGAGACGAUUAAAGUGAUUCAGCAUGGAGGGAUAUCAAAGCCUCACUUUUAUUUCUAAUCGACGGGAUUCACAAUCUUGAAUGAGGAAUUCACAAAAUAGCCAGGCAUCCUUCACUGUGCUGACCUCUUUUCAAACUCGACCUUGUGUGGGUGUCAAACCUGGCUGGCUCUAUCAGGCUCUAUGGCUCUAUCUGGCAGUAAGGCUCUACCUGGCAGUCUGGCAGCCUGGCAGUCCGGCUCUAUUGGCUCUAUCGGCUCUACCAGGCUCUACUGGGUCUACUGGAAGUCUGGCAGUAUGGCACUACUGGCUCUACUGGGUCUAUAUGGCAGUCUAACUCUACCGGCUCUACUGGCUCUAACUGGGCCUAUAUGGCAGUCUGACUCUACCGGCUCUACUGGCUCUACUGGAUCUAUAUGGCAGUCUGGCUCUACCUGGGCAGUCUGGCAGUCUGGCAGUCUGGCUCUACCUGGGUCUACUGGCUCUACUUGGCAGUAAGGCUCUACUCAUUAAAUUCCAAUCAUGCUUUAUAAUUUAGAUAUCUUUUAUAGGCCAUUUGCUCAGAUAAAAAUAAGGUGCAGCCAGCUAGGACUCUUCACUAAUUGCAAAUACUAUUAUGUUAAAAUUAAAAAAUUAGUUCUGCUAUAAUUUUUUUUAUAACUAUAGAUAAAUCAUAAAACAAUUCUAAUAUAAAAUUUUAACUCUUAUGACUGAAUCUUAUUAUCUUAUUCGAUAGACGGGCUCAUGCCCUUAAUUUUAACGCAAUCAUCAAAGAUCCCUUGGGGGAUUCACCCGCUUUGCGACCUUCCUUCCGUCCAGUCUCCUCCUUGCCUCUUGUAAAAGGCUCCAGUGUUGAGUGGGCAGGCUACGGGUUUGUGCAGCCUCCUGAGGCUGUGGAAUAUGAGGUUGGCAUUCUGAAAUCCCAAAAAAUGGAAUUUCUGGUAGACUGUCGGCAAAAGGGUUAAAUCCAGGUCCUGGGACGUAACGCCCAGUUUCACGCUAGGCAGUUGCCCGAUUGGUCUAGAAAUUAUCUGUAAAUCUUGCUGGACUUGCCCUUUCCAAAUCUGAACCCUCCUUUACUUCAAGAUAAGAACCAGUCUCGAAGUUGGACUUGGGCUAGUCUUUGCCUCCUGCAGAAUUGGUUACCUAGCAUUGCCGUCCAUGGGUUUUUGCGGCCUCCUGAGGCUGAGAGAAUACGAAAUUGGCAUUCCGAAAUCCCAAAAAAUGGAAUUUCUGGUAGCCUUUCGGCAAAAGGGUGAAGUCCAGAUCUUGGGACGUAACGCCCAGUUUCACGCUAGGCAGUUGCCAGAUUGGUCUAGGUAUUACCUGUAGACCUUGCUGGGUUGCUCUUUCCAAAUCUGAGCCCGCCUUACCUUCGAGGUAAAAACCAGUCUCGAAGUUGGACUUGGGCUAGUCUCUGCCUCCUGCAGAAUUGAUUACCAUAGCAUUACUGUCCUUUUCAAGGCUAGAAAAACCUUGCCGGAUAUAAUUAAAAUAUGUGUCGAGGAUGUAUGGCUGUGAGGCCAUAUCUAGACGAAGACGCCAUAUUUUAAUUAUGAUUUCACUGUUUUCAGUCUAUUGCUAAUAAAUAUCUUUAAAAUUUUGAUUUAAAAUGAUGGUGUAGUAAAUAAUAUUUUGUUUUUGGUAGAGCCUUACUGCCAGGUAGAGCCAGUAGACCCAGAUAGUCCCAGACUGCCUGACUGCCAGACUGCCAGGUAGAGCCAGUAGACCCAGAUAGAUCCGAACUGCCAGACUGCCAGGCUGCCAGGUAGAGCCAUACUGCCAGGUAGAGCCGGUAGAGCUAGUAGAGCCUGACUGCCAGACUGCCAGGCUGCCAGGUAGACCCAGACUUCCAGACUGCCAGGUAGAGCCAUAGAGACAGACUGCCAGGUAGAGCCGGUAGAGCCAGUAGAGCCGAACUGCCAGACAGCCAUAUAGAGCCAGUAGAGCCUUACUGCCUGAUAGAGCCAGUAGAGCCAGAUAGAGCCAGCCAGGUUUGACCAUGUGGGUACUCCCGUAAAGAUGCCCUACCAGGUGUGCAAAGCAGUAAAAUCUUAUCCUCAUUUUAUAUGGCCAGCUGUAUUAUCCUGUACAGUAAGCCGUAUUUGAUAUUGUGCAUAAAGGUUUUACAGGAAAUAGAACUAUAAUAAAAUUCGUAUAAGAGUUUUCUGAGAGAGCUCAUUCUGUGUGCAGCCAUUUAAUUAUUAUGACUCAGUAAAUCUAGUUUGCAUUUCUUGUGAGGAAAAUUGUGCUACCUGCGAUGCCCACACUGGAGUAUGUGAUACUUGCAAGGAAACGAAGAUGGAGGUGGACCCAACAAAUACCAAAACUUGCCACUGCAUCGGAGACCAAGUAUUAGUUGGAGGAGAAUGCACAUGCGCACAAGGAUCUUUUAA